AUGGGAGACUACUCGAAAGCAUCUGUAUUUUGCGAAAAAGCAAUUGAAAUCUGGUCAAAAACGCGUUCUACAAAUCAUCCAUGCUUGGUUACUUCCUACAACAAUAUUGGUUUGGUGUAUGGUAACAAGGGAGAGCACCUGAAAGCACUUUUAUAUCACCAAAAAGCACUGGAAAUUAAAGAAAACACUCUUCCUGCAAAUUAUCCUUCGUUGGCUAUUUCCUACGGUAACAUUGGUUCGGUGUAUUCUAACAUGGGAGACCACUUGAAUGCACUUUCAUUUUACGAAAAAGCACUUGAGAUCGAAGAAAAAACUCUUCCUGUAAAUCAUCCUGAUUUAGCUAUUGCUUACAACAACAUUGGUUUGUUGUAUAAUGAGCUAGGAGAAUACACCAAAGCACUUUCAUCUAACGAAAAAGCACUUGCAAUCGAAGAAAAAAAUCUUCCUGUAAAUCAUCCUGACUUGGCUACUUUUUACAACAACAUUGGUAUACUAUGUUAUAACAUGAAAGAAUAUACGAAAGCACUCUCAUAUUAUGAACGUGGUCUAGACAUUCGCAAAGUUUCAUUGCCACCAAAUCAUCCUGAACUUAAAGCUGUGGAACAGUUGAUUGAAAUUGUAAAAAAGAGAUUAUAA